UACGAGUACUUGGCGAGGUCGUGGUGAAAAUGAGAGUGACGUUCAAGUUCCCCGUAUCGUCCUCGCGGGAAGGGGCGGCGGUGAUGGCGGUGAUGGCAGGGCGGCAGUGUGGCACCGGGGCUUAGGCGUAAAGGUGAUGUCAGCCACCCACUGUGCCCCGCGCGCCGGAAUAAAGGGCCAGGCAGUGCCACCCUAGUGCCAGACUGCUCCUGACACUGCCCCUGCCUGGGUGUGCCGAGGUGCCUCUGUUAGUGAUACCACUGCCACUACUGCUGCUACUGGUGCUAUUGUUACUACUACUACUACUACUGCUACUACUACUACUACUGCUACUGCUGGUGUCAUAGUGCCUCACUGGACAAGAUCUGUUGUGUUGUCAAGGAUAGUUAGCCAUCAGCUGUCCUCCACACCACCACCACCACCACCACCACCACUGGUGGUGCCGGUGCCACUGGUGCCACACUGGACAAGAGCAAGGCCAGUGAGCCAGCUGCUCUCCACGCCCCGCCUGUCCCGUGACGGACCUUCAGCUGAGGCGUGAUAACCCUGCUGGGCGCGACGCUCCCCUACCAGCGUGCCCCGCAGCACCCAUGAUGUUCCCCGACGUGCGCGGCGCCCCUGACGAGGGUGAUGACAUGGACGAGGGCGCGUGCCUGCAGGAGGUGAGCGCGGCGCACGUGCAGCGGCAGUUCUUUGACGUACGCGUGCUGGCGUCAGGCUGGUACACGCAGGUGUUCAGCGCUAGGCACCAGCGGCUGUCUGAAGGGCGCCGCCUGGUGCUGAAGGCCGUGCGGCGCGGCACCACCACGCGCAGGGACUUCCUACGGGAGGCGCGCCACCACGCCUUCCUGUCCGCCUGCCCCCACGUGCUGGCUUGCUUCCCCCGGCCUUCGCCACCGUCUCAUCCUUCGUGCUGCCCCUAGAGGAGGCGCCCGCGGGAGACCUGGCGGGGCUGGUGGGGCGCGGCGGCGUGGGCGAGGAGGCUGCGCAGCGCGUGGCGGCACAGGUGGGCGCCGCGGUGUCCUUCACGCACGCAGCGGGCGUGGUCCACCGCGAUGUGACGCCCGCCAACCUGCUAGCCAUGGACGCCGCGCUGGGCCAGGUCAAGCUGGCGGACUUCGGGGCCACGCGCCGCGCUGGGGCCAUGGUGACCCGCGGCGCCCUGCCCCUAUCCUGGCUGGCGCCCGAGGUGGCCUGCCUUCACGCCCACGACCUGUACGCCGCGCACCCCGCGCAGGACGCGUGGCAGCUGGGCCUGCUGCUGGUGGUGCUGCUCACGGGGGCGCUGCCCUGGGCCGCCGCUGACCCAGAGGACCCGCACUACGCCGCCUGGGUGGCGUGGGCGCACCACGCCUCCACCGGACUGCCGCCUCGCUUCAGGCUGUUCUCGCCGCGCCUGCUGUGCCUGCUGCGCCGUCUGCUGCACCCUGAGCCCGAGCUGCGGUGCCCCGCGGCGGCCCUGCAGCAGGAGGCGGAGGCGGGGCGGCGGUGGCUGGCGCGGGACCCUGACCCCUUCGACCCCUGCCUGCAGGACGCCCCGCGCCCCGCAGCCUUCCUGCGCCGCGCCGAGCAGCGCGUGGCCAGAGUGCUGCGGCGCUACCUGCGGCGCGCUAGUCCCAAGUAUAAGAAGGUGACCUUCGCCGCGGUGCUGGAGGAGCGACGCGAGGUGGAGCGCGACGAGGAGGAGGAGGAGGAGGAGGAGGAGGAGGAGGAGGAGGAGGAGGAGGAGGAGCAGCAGCAGCAGGACAUGGGAGGCUGGUUCUUGGGCAGUGAGUGCAUCCUGGACUACUACUGUGCCCCGCCCUGACCCGCUACGCACCCCCCACGCCGACGCUACUGUACCUGCCUGCCCGGCGCCGCCCCGCGCCUGACUCACGGGGCGCCACACACUGGCGGCACUCACACUAUUUUUCUAUGACGCGUCACCGCUUUGUACCUUUUUGUACUUUUUUACUGCGAGGACGAGGAGGACAACGGAGAACAACAACAAGAACAAGAACAAGAAGAAAAAGAAGAAAAAGAAGAGGAGGAGGAGGAGGAGGAAGAGAAAAGGAGGUUAAUGUUCCUAUUUUGAGGUUAAAAUAAACGGAGAGAUUUAUACUCUGUGAACUUUUGCUUGUUCCCUGCCACCCCGCGCCCUUACGCACGCACGCACACACACACACACACACACACACACACACACACACACACACACACACACACACACACACACACACACACACACACACACACACACACACACACACACACACA